AUGGUCUGUCUACUCUCCUAUCUUCCACCCCCUCUCCAGGAGGUGGUGGAACCCUACGUCCCCCUCUAUGAACAACACGCGCCAUUGAUCGGAGUUGCGCUGGCCUCCCUAAUCGCCAUCUACGUCGGAUAUCUUUACGUCCAAUGCCAGAAAGAAGCUGCCGUUGCAUUCAAUGUCCCGAUCCCACCAGAAGUGCGCAAAAGCAAUACGGGCAAAAAAUGGGAGGAGGUCAAAGGCAUUCAGAAGCAGGUGUUGGAAGACCAAGUUAGAGGGAAAUGGAGCAACGAUUUGAUCAUGAGCUACUGUCCCGCCGAUGGCCGAGUGCUAGGAGACGGAAUUCGCCCCGCGACCGUCGACGAUGUGAAUGUAGCCGUGGGAGCCGCCAAAGCCGCACAACGCGAAUGGGCCAAGACGACAUUCGCAGAGCGCAGAAAGGUGCUCCGGACCUUACUGAAAUACGUUCUCGAGCACCAAGAUGAUCUUGUAACCGCAUGCUGUCUUGAUUCGGGGAAAACAAAGGUGGAUGCUUGCUUCGGUGAGAUCCUAGUGACAGCCGAGAAGCUCAAGUGGACAAUUGACCAUGGCGAGAAGGCACUCUUGCCCUCGCGCCGCCCGACAAACUUCCUAAUGAUGUACAAGAAGAAUGUGGUCACCUAUGAGCCUUUGGGCGUGGUAUCAGCAUGUGUAUCCUGGAACUAUCCUUUCCACAACUUCAUCGGGCCGGUCAUCAGCGCGCUCUUUACUGGUAACGCCAUUGUUGUCAAACCCUCUGAACAAACUGCCUGGUCUUCCGCUUUCUUCUUGGAAGUUGCACGCGGCGCUCUCUCAAGCUGUGGAUACUCUCGCGACUUAGUUCACACUGUUGUCUGCCUGCCCGCCGUUGCAGACACACUCACCUCCCACCCGGACAUCGCCCACUUGACUUUCAUCGGUUCCCGACCCGUCGCAUUCAAGGUCUGCGAGUCAGCAGCCAAGGCCCUGAUCCCCGUCUGUGUAGAACUGGGUGGUAAGGAUCCAGCUGUGGUUCUCGAUGACUCCCGGAACAUUCGUAACCUCCCCAGCGUGGCCUCUAUUCUCAUGCGCGGUGUCUUCCAGUCCGCAGGCCAGAACUGCGUUGGUGCCGAACGUAUUAUCGCCCUUCCAGGCUCAUACAACAAGUUGAUUGACCUUGUCACACCCCGCAUUCAAGGAAUGCGCGUGGGCUCCGUCCUCCUCGAUAACCCAUCCACAGAUUCCUCCGCCACAACACCCGAUAUGGGCGCCAUGAUUUCCCCCGCCUGUUUCAACAAGGUUGAAUCUCUGAUCAAUGAUGCAGUGAAGCAAGGCGCCCGCCUCUUGGCUGGUGGUACCCGAUACGAGCACCCAGAUCACCCAGAAGGCCACUACUUCACACCUACCCUACUAGUCGACGUAACCCGAGACAUGGCCAUUGCGCAAGAAGAGCUAUUCGCGCCUAUCUUCCUCGUCAUGCGCGCCGAAAAUGUCGCCGAUGCUGUUUCCAUUGCCAACUCCACCCCCUACGCUCUCGGUGCCAGUGUCUUCGGCUUCGACUCUACUGAUGUCCAAACUUGUGUUUCCAGCAUUGACGCCGGUAUGGUCUCUGUGAAUGACUUUGGCGCAUACUAUGCUGUCCAACUACCCUUCGGUGGUGUUAAGGGAUCAGGCUAUGGUCGAUUCGCCGGCGAGGAAGGUCUCCGUGGCCUUUGCAAUUUGAAGGCUGUUUGUGUGGAUAGAUUUCCCACUCUGGUGGGAACUGCUAUUCCACCGAGAGUGGAUUAUCCCAUCCAGAAACGCAAGGGUAGUGCAGGUGCUAAGGAUGGCCCUGCCGCUUGGGAGAUGUGCAAAGGUGUCGUUGAGACAGGAUACCAGCUAACGAUUGGUGGCCGAGUCGCUGGCAUUGUGAGGCUACUGAGUAACAUGUGA